AUGGCAGGCAGUAAAUAUGCCUAUGUCAGGAAUUUCGAGCUUCCAGACCCUCUUCUGCCUGGUACCUUUCUCGUCUUUCGAUUAGACGGCCAUUCUUUCCAUCGAUUUUCGACAGAGCACCAAUUUACGAAGCCAAAUGAUGUGCAAGCACUCAUGCUCAUGGACCACGCUGCUCGGGAUGUCAUGGAAGAAUACAAAGACAUCGUACUUGCGUUCGGCGAGUCAGAUGAAUACAGCUUCCUACUCCGCAAAUCGACAUCGUUAUACAACCGUAGGGAAAGCAAAAUAUGUAGCACGUUAACCUCCUACUUCACCUCGUGCUAUGUCUUCCACUGGAAGGAAUAUUUCCCCGAUUCGCCGCUGCUUUAUCCGCCUUCGUUCGACGGUCGAAUAGUACUUUAUCCAAGUUCGCGCGAGAUCCGCGACUAUUUCUCCUGGAGACAGGCUGACACUCACAUCAACAACCUGUAUAACACCAUAUUCUGGGCCCUUGUCCAGCAAGGCGGUAAGACUACAACUGAUGCCCACGCCGCCCUCCGCGGCACCGUAUCCAGCCAGAAGCACGAGAUGCUAUUUAAAUCCUUCGGUGUCAACUACAAUGAAAUCGAUGCUAGAUUCCGGAAGGGCAGCAUCCUGGUUCGCGACAUCGAAGAUGAACCCGCCCCACCUGAGCUUCCGGAGCCCACACCAGCUUCCUCGACGGCUGGCGAUCAAAGCAUUUCGGAAUCUACAUCGGCAGCCGAGGCAUCGCAUAAACCACUCAAACAGAAAAAGAACAAGGCACAACCGAAGGCGAAGACGAAGAUCAAUCUCCUGCAUUGUGAUAUCAUCAAGGACGAAUUCUGGGAUGCUCGCCCACAUCUUCUCGAGUAA